CUCACAGAGAUCCACCUGCCUCUGCCUCCCGAGUGCUGGGUCGGAGGUUGUUCUAAGGAGCCCUCCUCUCUGGGGUCCCAACCCAGGCCACACUUGGACUAACUCAUACCUUUCUUUCCCCACACCAGUCACAGACCAUUGGCCUUGGCGAUUGCUUGAUGGCCCAGGGCUGAGUGUUCUGAACUGGACUCAGCUGCUCUGGGGGUAGAGGGGUGAUGGCCAGAGCCUUCUCUUGUCUCUCUAGCCUGACCAAUGAGGUGGUUCACACGUGUUCCACCAUUGGCAGCAACGCUGAAGAAGUUGUUCUUCAGAAGAUCCACUUCCUCUUGUGGGACUUAGGGGGCCAGGAGGCUCUGCGCUCUGCCUGGGACACAUACAACUCCAAUACUGAGUUUGUCAUCCUUGUGAUCGACAGUACAGACCGGAAUCGGCUGCUGACCACCCGGGAAGAGCUGUGUAAGACGCUGGCCCAUGAGACGCUUCAAGAUGCCUCAGUCCUGAUCUUUGCCAGCAAGCAGGAUGUGAAAGACUCCAUGACCACAGCAGAGAUCUCCCAAUUCCUCACAGGCACUGCCAUCAAAGACCACCCGCGGCAUAUCCAGGGCUGCUGUGCUUUCACCGGAGAAGGGUCAGCCCUCACCACUCCUCUGCCUGGCCCAGCCAAUGGGCAGAAGGCUACAGGCACCCCUCUCCUGUCUCUUUCCAGUCAGAAUUUUCCCACAGUUGGCUCCAUGCCCAGUAAGAUGGACACAGGCCCAUAGCUAAGGUCCUAUGAGUCUGCAAAGCCUCUGUCCUCCAAAGACUAAAAGUCCCCCCAAACAGCAGGGGUCUUAGGUACUGAGAAACUUUUUUGGAGAAAGUGGAACGGAUAAAGUGGCAGAAAGGCAAGGGUAACUCUGAAUUUGUCUCCAUGGUUGGGUAGCUGAGAUCCUCCCAGUAAGAGGAAGAAGCUGUGGAAAGACUUCAGGUCAUGGGCCUUCAAGGCAGAAAUCACUGACUCUCUCUGAGUUUCUUACUUGUAAAAGGAGGGGAUCAUACUUCCCUCUCCCCCAGUUCUCCAGGGAGCGACUGGCAUGAUGUCUUCAUUAGGUGUAUUUGAAUACCUGCUUUGUGCCAAGCACUGUUCUGGGAAUUGGGAAAAAUGGUGGUGAACAAACUAGACAAAAAUUCCUGCCUCGGGGCUGGCAAUCUAGCUGUACAUGCCUGAAGCCCUGAACUAUUGCACACCUGUAAGCCCAGUACUUGGGCAGUAGAGGCAAGAGGCUCAGAGGGUCAAACACAUCCCCCAGUGAGGUCCAGGCUAAGCUGGGUCAUGUAUCAAGCCACCCCCCCAAAAAAACCCAAAAAAAACAAGACACACACACACACACACACACACACACACACACUCCCAUGAUGAAGGUUAUUAGGGCUUCUAGUGUUUGGAUCAGAUACCUCAGAGUGUGACAAACUGAAUUUCUCCAAAAGGGCCUUCCAUGAGACCUGGAAAUUUCCUUUCAUCUCCCCUGUCUAGAUACUUUUUUUGAAGAAAAGAAAACUUUAAAUAAAAGAAUCUGAGGGGCCA